GCAAUGGACAAGAUGGCAGAUGAAAUGACUCUGACAACUGAUGUGAAAGACAAAGAAGGAGUAAACGCUGAGGAGAGCUGUACGUGGGUGAGAGGAGGUAAGUGGAUAUGACAUGGAUCAUGUUGGAAAAAUACGAGCACCAGUAUUGAGUCACCCUUUCUUUGAAUCUCCAUUGUGAUGAUAUAGUCAGUGUCAUCCUUUCUGAUCUUGUUACUACCACAAGUCACACAAUAAGUUGGUUUUAUAUAAGCAUCUUACUGAAUUAUCAUUUGGAGAAUAAGAGAAAUCACAGUUAAAGUAAAAAGAUCAUCAGAACCACUGCUGAAGCACUGAGUAAGUGUGGCAUCUAAUGAGUAAGCACAGCUCUGUGCAAAAGAAGAACAAAUCCUAAAAAAUGCAUUGUAUGCCUGCAGGCCUUAUUUCUCUAUCAGCUAAUGGUCAUGGGCAUGGAGCAGCUUUUCUUCUCACUUCAUUUAUUAAAUAACCCAUCACGCUGUUCAAACAGAGUUCAAACAUACAUGCAGGCAGAACUGAUCUGAAGUUGUUUUAGCUUGUGCUUCAGUUAUCAAUCUCACACCCUCUUUAUGUCUUAAAAAAGAAACAAAACUAUGACAUUUGAAGCUCAUACAGUUAUAAUGGGAUUAAAAGAAACAUACACACACAUAUAAAUAUACUGUGUACAUAUAUAUUUUUUUACUUUUUUAAUAGAGGCUAACAAAAUCUUUAAUAUAACAAACACAGCCCUGAGCAAUGUCCAUUUGUAUCUCUCUUCAGACAAUUUAGCUGAGACUAAUCUGAUUUAUUCAGCUUUCAAAAAUGUGUCCAAGGUGUAAAUUAAUCAUCGGAUAUUAAAAGUUAAAUAAAUCAGAGAAAUAAAUGGUGAAUUAUUUAUUUCAAAUAGGUGGUGAAAAAGUAAACAGUUUGCAGCCAAUGUGGUGACUCAUUAAUAGAUCAGGUAUUAACAAAUAUGUCUGCUGCCACAAAAAUUCCUCUUCCAUUGUUUUAUUUUAUUUUUUGAACACGUAUAGACUCUGCUGUCAGGUACAGACUUUUGUGUUGUGUGGUGUUAUGGGUAGGCCCCUAUUUCCAUGCACCUAUGGGGAGUAUGGACAUCCAGAAAUUGUGAGAGUAACACUGCAAUAUUAUUUUCUUUAGCUGUACUUUUGCACUUUGAGAUUGUACUUACAAUGUCAAGUUUUUUUUUUAAAUAAAAUUUAUUAUGAUGAUGAUUAAUUUUCCCUGUUCCUGCAGAAAAUUAUUCAAGAACUUUACAUUACUAUAAAGGGAAAAACAACUGAGAGCAUAAAUACUGUAUCAUGUGAUUUUUUACCAUUUAUUUUUGCAUGGUAUUAGAGUGGAUCCUUUAAAAUUUUAUUUUUAUAUGAUAUUGAAAAACUAGUCAUUUUACAGAACAAACCAAAUGCUUGCUUCAGAACAGCUCUUGUGUAUUCUUUUAGGAUUUUAAUAACCUCUUUGUUGGGAAAGGUCAAAGGAGCAGCUCAGAGAGAGAACUCUGCAACCUCAUUGUUGAAUUUCACAUCACAAUUUUUACACUAACAAAAUUUAUUUAACUGUGAAUGUUUCUGGUUAAUGUGUUUGUAUUCACUUCAUAUUUUGUCUCCUGGACAGAAAAGAUGCAAAAUGAGGCUCAAGUUGGCAACUGGAGACUCAGUGUCCCUGCAGAAACUGAGGCUGGUGAGACCAGCAGAGAUGUUGACGCUCAGCAACAACCCAAAGAGUGUGAAAGCUCUCAUUCUCCUCUAUUCUCUUUGAAAAUGUAUUUGAGGAGAUCUUUCUCUGCAGCAUCUUCCUCCACAGACUCUCUGUCUGCUACUCAGCAGAGCAACAUCGGAGGUCAGUGGUACCAGCAUCAUCUCAUCACACCACUCGAAUGCCCUGUGGCUGCAAACAGCUGUGUGGCCUGUUGCUGAACCCACACUGAAAGUCUUGAGAAAAAAAAAAAAUGUGCUCAAAAAAAAAAAAAAGUGUUUCAAAUGUACCUUUUUAUUUCCUGCGCAAGAAUGAUGGUGGAGCAAGCAGAGACGAAAUUUAAAAAUGACAAAUUACAAGCUUUAUGCCGUAACAUGCUGUGAGAAUGCUUAAAUACUGUUCAUGUGAUCAAUUAUGAAAAUGUAUGAAUUAUUUAAAAACUGAAACUACAGCAAAAAAGAAUAUGCAAAAGAACUGCCACCAAAGUAGGAUCUCCACUGAGUUCUGCUACACCAGAUACAGCAGCAUAUGUGAUAAUGCUGAGGUGCUUUUGUUUAUAUGCUCAUAGUAAAUUCAGAAUUCAAUUACAUUGUAAUCUGUUUUAAUUACCUUCAGGAAAAUUCAUCAUUUUAGGGAUUUUCUUUAAAGACAAAACCAAUCUUAAUCUCUCUGGUAAAUAUACCAUUUAAGGAAUGAUAUAGCUCAGUAUCAGGAUGGCAGAUGUAGCCUGGUUUUGUUCAAAGUUCAGGAAUACAUUUAUCCUAAAGUCCUUAGUGCUUUUGUUCCUUUGGUUCAUCUACUGCUUUGGUGGUGUUAUAUUUAACUUUUUUCUUGAAGAACAACAGUUUGUAUUGGCUGACACAUAGUUGUGCCUAAUGCCUUUAUUUUGGCUGACAUGUAAACAGAUUGGAGCAGCCUCACAGCAUUGAGUCAGCUGUAUAACCCAUGUGCUACAGCUUUUCUGUUAAAUCAAGCAAAUGAGAAACUGCUUAAACUGCCUCAGUAAUUUCCGAUUUUUAUCUAAACCAAACAUAAAUUAAAUUUGUAGAGAAACGAGGGAAAACAUAUGAUUCGUUUAACGCAAUAGUCAAAUGCAAACUACAUGGACAGUCACAGUGCUAGCAGCAGCAGGGCUGCAGCAGUCACCCGGUCUGUGAUGAUACCACAACAUUAUAGACAGCAGCAGCUCAGUGAGGUGGUCUGUUCAAGUCACUCUGGCUCACAGGUCAUGUGUCUCCAUCAUUACAUAACUAAUUAAGUCCAGCUCAGUAUACAGCUCAAAAAUAACUCUUCAUUUAUGGUACAGCUUUUGGUGAUUAUAAUUUAUUUGGGUAAAUAUUCAUUAUAAGAACAUGUUUACUCAUUUAAUUUAACCCUUAACAUAACAGGUCUUUGAAUUCCAAAAUGUUCCUGACUUAUGAUAUUCAGGCUUUAUCAAAUUUUAAGGUUAAAUUGGGUGGGUAGUAUCACUUUAUAGCCAUUUAGUAAUCGAGAGGUAUUUUCACUGUUUUUACUUUUUACUCUAAAGCACAAAAACACCUUUAUGGUCAAUAGUGUGGUCAGAUUUUGGCUCUGCUAUCUUAAAAAAGGCUGAGUCGGUAUGUGUCAGUCAGUUUAUUUAAAUGUAGUAGAAAAAAAUCAAUUUAUUGCAAAAGUUAGACUAAAACUGGACUUUAAAAAUGCAUGUAAACAGGCUCGUUCGACUGAAAUCGCACUGAAAUCAAACUUCUCAUGGUCGAACUGACUUACCUGGAUAAUAUUAUUGAUCGAUUUUCUGUUGGAUUUGUAUGGUUUAAUCGAGCUGAAUCUGGCCUUGCCCGAGUGUUUGCACGUCAGGCUCUGAGCCGGUGGUUGGAUAGCAUGGAUGCAAUGCUAGGACGCAAGUAGUAAGCAAGCAUCAAGAAAGGAUGUAAACAAGACGAAACUUUCAUAACAAACAGCACAGAGCUGUUAAAGUGGCAUCCUAUUAGCCUCUUGCUAACGCCUUUUUUCAGCUGUUUUGUUAAGUUGCAGUACCUGUCAACCGAGAUAGUAGCAAAGGGGACAUGUCACCAACAUGCUGAGGCUGUCAAUAAACGUCUGUCAAUGAUUUAAUUCUUGUCCAGUGCACAUGGCACAGAGACAAUAGUCCGGUUGAAUUGCCAAAUCAAGCCAUGAAUGUAGCCCGACUUAACUGUACAUGUAAACAAACUGAGAGUAACUUCAUACUUUGCAUAAGUUCACAAACCAAAUUUAUCAUAACAACUAAUCACACAACUGAGUUUCAUACUUGAUUCUGAUUGGUUAUUAUAUAUUAGCAUUUCAUGCAACAGUCUGCUUUGUUUUUGGUUGCAGAUUGUUGCAUGAAGAAGAGACAAACGCAGCCCUAAACUCUUACACUUGCAAACUAACUGCUAUUAUGUCAAUGCCCAUUUAUUUUUUAUGUGGAUAUCAUUUGUCCUAUUUUGUUUUCCUUAAGCUUGGGACUGUGUUAAAUGUGUGAUGAUAAACCUGGUGACUGUAACUGGGAGUUUAUGGACUCGCGUUUUCCACUUCAUGAACAUACGCUCUACCGAUGAGCAUAACUAAAUUGAAAGUUACAGUAUAUUCUGAUAUUAAGGCAUAUGCAAAUAUAAAGAUUUUUAAAAGAAAAAAAACGUGUAAUAAUGUGCAAAAGACCCAUUUAAGGUUACCUUCUAACCACAUGUCUGGUAACUGUUCAGUGUCAUUAGGUAAUUGCAUGCCUUAAAGCUCCAACAGAGAAACAUUUGGCUAAGGCUGCUGAGAAGACAAGUGGCAACAACACAACUUCUAAAUUCUUCCUGCAAAGUGUGAAGGAGGGAUAUUGUUUACCGUAAUUGAUAAUGUCUGCAGACAACUUUCUCUCUGUCAGGGAUCAAGGCAUGAUUUUCUAAAUUAUGCAUGUGUAAAAAUGGAGGAGUGGGGGCUUUUAAAACGUUUUAUGAUGUGGGUGAAGAGCAGCAGCUUUGAUGGCAGAAUGAUUGAUGUCCCAAGACUUGAAUAAACUUCAUCACACAACAUCUCAAAGAGGUCAUUUCAUUCAGUAUGUGAAUACUUCUUCUGAAGAGGACCAGCAGAAAGUAAAAUAGAGUCAUAUGAGUACAUGUACAGUAAAACAAAGUCACAGUUUGAGUGCUCCUCCUGACUACUCGUGUCUCCUUUAGUUGAUUGUGCAGGCAUCGUCCUUAGCUGUCUCUUCUGCCGGUUCUACGAUAUGAUGCUCAUGUUACCUGCUCCCUGCGAGAGAGUCGCGACUCAUUGCUGCCCCAACUAUAAACAAGUCAUCACCACAUCAGAGACUAAUCCCAGCAGUAGCGAUGACUCCUGUGUGGACUUGGACUGUGGCCUGUUCAGUUCCUGUCAUGAUGCAGGUGACUGCCUGGAGUUGGCCAUGGAAAUUUCUGAAUUAUGCUAUCACUAAGGGGUGAAACCAUAUUAAUCACCAUUUACAACAACAGACAAUGAAAGGACUGUAUUCUUCUAACUUAGAAGUGAGCAAGAGAAGUGCAGCAGAUGUAGAGCAAGGACUUGUGCAAGUAUGCUAUAUACAAUGUCAGAGGGCUACAAGAGGGAUAAGAUUGUUUUGUGAGAGUGAGAGAAAUUUGCAAGAGUGGAACCACAGUCUUUGCUUUUGUCUCUAAACCUGUUCAGAGCAGGUUAGAAUAUUUUUGUACAGAAAAAAAAAAAAACUAUGGUAUAUUAACUCACUGACAUCUAUCCCAUGUUCAGAGGGGUUUUUUUUUAGAGCUGGAGACUUAGAACAAAAUAUAAAUAAGUAAAUAAAACAACCAAAACACAAAAAUCAAAAUCAUGACAAAAUAAGAUAAGAAAUGAUUAUCCAACAGUUGUUUCAUUGAAUAUAGCGAUUAUUUAUAAGUGGAUUCAUGUACUCUUUAAUAUGAAUGUCUACCACCCUGUAUGAAUUUUACACUCUGCUUGAAAAUGUUUUUUUGCUGCUUCAAGGAUAUGUUGUUGCAACCACACUGAUGCAAUCUUAUUUGAUGCUUGAUCUCCUUUCAUUUUGCAUGG